AAUCCCCCACAUGACGCACUCCCUAAGCCCGUGCACCGAUGGCAGUCCCUCGCUGUGUGGGGUGUCUGUGCCACAGCCCAUUGCUGACAGCUGCAACGAGCCCUGUGUUGUGCAGUGUCCUGACUCAAGGGUGGUCAUCUACCCUCCACCUGUGGUUGUGACCUUCCCUGGACCCAUCCUCACCACCUUCCCGCAGCAAAGCGUCGUGGGAUCUGCGGGAGCCCCUGAAGUUGGAAGUGGCUUCAGUGGUGCCCCUGCUCCUGGGGGCUCGCAUGUGUAUGGUGGUGCCCGGUGGGCACGGGGGUACCCGGUUGGAAGCUGCAGACCAUGCUAAACCUAGUCAGAGGAGCUGCUGAAAGUGGAAUGUCCAGGCGCGGAUGAGCAGGAUGUAGAUACCUGUCUGAGCUCCAAGGCUGAGCAUUUGGAGCUGCCAUUAAGUGCAUGCAUAAAUGUUUAGAUCUCUGAAGAAAAAGAAUCCAUUUACAUCCUUCUCGUAUUACCCUUUCUGUUGUUGUUGUAGUUUUGUAUGUUUUAUUAUUUUUUCUUUUUUUCCUAAUGCCUUCCAUUUUCUCUAAGUACUCUCUUCUCAAAGCUGUGGACUACAUUUGUAAUGCAGUAGGAGGUGAAGGGAUUGGGCUGCCAUCCAUUUUAGACUGCUUUGUAGGUUCUUUCUGUGGCUAAUGAGGUAUAAAAAAGGGUCUUGGAGUGAGCCAGCCCAUGCUCUGUGCUUUACGUGUGUCUCUGCAAUAGGGAAACAACAUCAUCUAUUACAUGAAUCACCUUACAUCAAAUCACAGGUUACAGGCAAUUUGUAAUCUGUACCAUAUAAUUCUGCCUCUGUAUGAUCUGCUUCUUUCUCAUUAAACAUGACCUUGCAAUA